UCGCGGAUGCCAGUGGCUCUGGGUUCAGUGCUGUUUGUUGAGUGUGUGAGUUUCAGUGACGCCAUGAUGUUAUUUUUACCCGAUGAGCUCACGAGCGCCGAACUCACUCACACUGCACCAGCGUUAACCAGCCUAACUACCCAGCAGCGGCCUGACCACUCGUCUGGUCAGCGGUAUCUGUGGAUCUACUGUAACACGAGACGGACUGAAACUUUCAUGGAGAUCUUCAUGAUGGAGCUCAGCGGUGAGGAGGUGCAUGCUCAGCACCUGUGAUGGUGUGAAAGAAACUCCCAUCAGCCACUGCGCCCCACACACACAUAAGCUGCGUGUAAGUGUGUUUUUCCUCUGGAGUUUCCUCUGGCUUUUUCUCACACGUUUUUAGGCCGCCACCAGAGUGACAUCAUCCGCUGCUACAAUGGGGCCGUUGAUCUCCUGAGGGCCCGCCAUCAGCGUCACUGAGAUACAGAGACUGUUAGCGCAGAGACGGACUGAGGGAUUGUGGGUAUGUGUGAGCGUGCGGCGCGGCCCAUCGAGGCCGAGGGUCUGGUGGCUCUGCUGGAGGGCGGCUUGGACCGCGUGCUGCUCAUCGACAGCCGACCGUUCGUGGAGUAUAACACGUGUCACAUCCUGGAGGCCGUGAACGUCAACUGCUCCAAACUGAUGAAGAGGAGAUUACAGCAGGACAAGAUCCAGAUCAGUGAACUCCUGCAGCACUCGGCCAAGAGGAAGCUGGAGCUCCAGGGUCAAGAGGUCGUGGUGUAUGACCAGAGCUCGUCUGACCCCGCCUCCCUCUCAUCAGAGGCCUUUCUCAGCGUCCUAUUGGCCAAGCUGGAGAAGAGUUUCCCUUCAGUCCACCUGCUCUCAGGUGGUUUUGUGGCGUUCUCGCAGCUGUUCCCGGGUCUGUGUGAAGGGAAGUCCACGCUGGUGCCGUCCUGCAUCUCUCAGCCCUGUCUCUCCGUCAGCAGCAGCGGGCCGACGCGGAUCCUGACACACCUGUACCUGGGCUGCCAGAGAGACGUGCUCAACCAGGAGCUCAUGCAGCAGAACGACAUCGCUUACGUGCUCAACGCUAGCAACACCUGCCCCAAACCAGACUUCAUCCCCGACUCGCAUUUCUUGCGCAUUCCUGUCAACGACAGCUUCUGCGAGAAGAUCCUGCCCUGGCUGGACCGAUCCGUGGAGUUCAUAGGUCAGACACCAUCAUAUAUGUAUGCGGAUAAUAGUAAGACGCUCCAGCGCAGCGGCAGCAUGGAUGGAGCUCCGUCUAAAACAGCUAAAGCACUUAAAGGCUGGCACUCAGACAUCGUCCUCGGACCCGUAACUGGAGGCUGGUUCCUCUCCUCCGAGUCGGCGCGCUUUUACGGCUGCGCUCAGGGUCUGGAGGCGGUGAGGAGGCGCGGGCGACAGCGCAGCGGAGACGGAGGAGACUCUCGCAGGAGCUGGCACGAGGAGAGCAGCUUCGAGAAGCAGCUGAAGCGCAGGAGCUGCCAGAUAGACGGCAUGACGGACAGCCGAUCCCGAGAGGAGAUGAGCACGAGGAGCAGACAGUCCAGCUUCUCCGGCAGCUUGGAAAUCAUCGAGGUCUCCUGAGGACUCCACACGCAGUCAUUUAUUCCUUUGCUUUGUUCUCAUUCAGAUUUGUGAUCCGCACAGACACAUGCAUGAAGGUGGAGAGUCUCACAAUUCAAAUUAAGGCAAGACACUACAGAUAAACAGGGCAGACCUUAACCCCAUAAGUGUCCCAUUUUUGAACAAUAAAAAUAACUAGUUAAUCCUAAUAUACAGUCAAACCAAAAUUUAUGAACAGUCCUCUCAUUAUCACAGUUUUAUUUGCUAUAGGUUAUAAAAUGGUAAUAAAAUAUGACUCUGUGUCAGAACAAACUCAUCUUGAUAAUGUCAGAUAACUUU